AUGGACAAUCCGGUACAAUGCUUUGGUGCUGUCUGCUUCCUAUAUGGAGAUGGUAAAGAUGUUAUGGCUGUGUAUGAGGCAGCUGGCCCGUACAUUUGGAACUUCAGUCUGAGCCUCAUUGCAGAUCAAGUGCAGAUUGGGAAGCCGUUCAUGCUGGAAAUAUGUGGCUAUUUGGCUAGACCUUUGGGAAAAGCUAUUGGUAUUGAAACUCUUAGCUCAGACGAUAUGUCUUACGUGGUACUGGAGAUACACUGGAGCAGUGGAAAGUACAACACGCAGAAUAUCACUGUCAAUUCCAAAGGUUUCUUCACUUUAUCUCCUAUCUGGACGUACUCUUACCCUGGGAAAUAUUUAAUAAAUGUCACAGCGAGCAAUCAGAUCUCCAGUGAGAAGAGGAACAUCAGUGUUGAGGCUCUGAUCCCAGCGCCCACUGCUCUUGAAGUGAAGCUUGUGCAGCUGGCUGAGCAGAUCCCGUCCUGUGUUCCAUUCACUGUCAAUGAAAGAAGUCCCCUGGAGAAAGUUUUCCUUGGAAUAAGCUACAGCUUCAAGGCCUUUGUUGCCAUGGGGACUGAUUUGACAUUCUCCUGGUAUUUCAGUGAUGACAAUAGCACACAAUUGUCACACGGCCCACUGAACUGCAACGGACAUCAACAAAUGGACUGCCUACUAAAUACAGUGAACCAUACAUUUCAUGAUGAAGGAGUCUGCCAAGUCACAGUUAAUGUGUCCAACAUAUAUAACUGGAUUCAGAAAACCAUCUACGUGGCUGCAGUGAGGGAAUCACUUUCCAGCCUGGCCUUUCACACAAAAACUGGUUACAGUGUUGCUGUUGGUGCAAAUCUGACAUUGGAAAUGGACCUUUUCACCACAGUUCGCCAGCUCUUGAUAUUUGACAUCACAUUUGAACACGGACUGACCCACAGUCACAGAUUGAACGACCAGUCACCGGCAUUCGAAAGUCACUCCCACAUCAUGCUUAUGGAGAACUACGGUCUGCAAAACUGCACAAUGUGUGUUCAGAUCAUCCAUAGGUACAGGACGGUGGGUACUUUCAACAUUUCAAUUGGCGUUUAUUAUGAUCUGGGUAUGUUAAAUGCAUCCUUAGCAAAACUCAUUCAGGUUUACAGUCCCAUAAAUGUGAUCGCCCCUGCUCCCUUUUGGCAUGAAAUCAUACCUUCAAGAAUGAACCUGACCUUUUUGGUUACAAGUGAAGCUGAUAAAACAGGAUCACAAUGUGUGUGGACUAUUCGAAAGGGAAACAAGACUUUAUCUGUGAUGAACACAACUGAGUGGUUUCUGCAGCAUUCUUUUGCAACAGCAGGAUGCUACAUGUUGACAGUGAUGGCUUUCAAUCCGAUCAGCAAUGCCUCGUACAGCAAAAUGAUUGAGGUCCAGGAUGUUAUUGAAGGGCUCUCUGUGUCAGCUUCCCAUUCCAGAAACCUACCAACUGGCUCCACAGUCACCCUUCGUGCCAAUGUGCUCAGUGGAAACAACAUCACAUAUGUCUGGAUAUGUGAUCCCAAUUCUACGAUUGUGCAAGCCAGCUCAUCUCUGGUCUCAUACAGAUACUCACAGCCGGGAGUCUAUUCAGUCAGUGUGACAGCAAUAAACAAUGUAAGCGAAGUAGCAGGAAGUGCCAUGGAAUUUGAAGUUCAAGAUCUUGUGGGAGACAUAAAAACAAAUAUCUCCAACAUCAUUACAAUCAACCAGACGACUGUCAUCUCUAUGAUUGUGACAACUGGCACGGGUUUGAUCAUUGAGGUACUGAUGAAUGACUCUGUGGUGUUUCAUACUAAGCAUUAUGUCCCCAACACGCCACUGAGUCUACCUUUUACCUUCAGUCAAAGUGGAAAACUGCAGCUGUCAGUUCGGGCUAUGAAUCUGGUCUCCUCGCAUAAUGUUUCAGCAGUUUCCUUGGUUGUCAAAGAGAUUCACAUGGUAUCCAUAUCAAUGAAACAGCAACCCGUCGUUGGACAGGACAUCAUUCUUGUUGCAAAAGUCAACGAAUAUCUGUGGAGAAACAGAGCAUAUAUUUACAACUGGACGCUGUACGACAAUCACACAGUGAUGACUGGCAGUCCUUUUAUCACAUACAGAUGUAUAAAAGCUGGGCCUCAUUUCAGCAUCAACUACACUUACCCAGUUCCAGGGAUCUUCAAUAUUGAUGUUCUCUUCAUGAACAGUACUGACACACUAUCCUCUGCCAUUGUAAUUCAGGAUCUCAUCGGAAAUCUGAGUCUGACCGGUCCAAGUAAUGUCAGCCUUUCUACGAAUUUAUUUCAACCAUCUGUUGCAACAUGGAAUGCUAAGCUUGCCAAAGGUUCCAACUAUAUCUUCUUGUGGCAGUACUCAAAUGGCACGACAAACUACACCAUCAUAGGUCCGAGCAAGUUGACCAUGGAAAUAAACACAACUGGUAUUAUAAAGGUUGAGGUCACAGCUAAGAAUGGAGUGAGCUACGCCAACGCUGUGAUGACCACAGUGGCCCAGUAUCCUAUUAUUGGUGUUAUUCUCAAUGUCGCUCGAAUACCUCUGAGGAAGACCAGCACUAUUAUGCUUCAAGUAGAGCCCAAACAAGAUUAUAUCAUUGAAAUAAACUAUGGGGAUGGAACAAGCAAUCUUUUUCAUUCGGAACAGCUCAGUUCCCACAGAGGCUGUUUCGAUACUCCGCUUCAUUGCACCAAUCUUGCUUUUCCUCACACAUAUUCUGCCAUUGGACAAUAUUUGGUCAAUGCCACAGUUUCCAAUGAUGUAAGCAGUGUAUCAUCAGGAAUCGUGGCUGUGGUUGAGGAGCCUAUCACUGGUCUCCAGCUGAUACUGAAUUCACCAAAUGUGAUCAAGCGUGAAGAGUACAUUAAUGCAACAGCACAUGUCCAAACAGGCACUGAGGUUACUUUUGAAUGGACCAUUUCAAUGCCACACUCAAGCCCUUUCACACUGACUCAGGACAACACCCACAUUAGCACAAUCAGCUUCCAAACUCAUACAGGAGGAAGUUACUACAUCAGUGUCAAAAUCUCCAGUCCACUGUACAGCACCCCCUUCAAUCACCUUCUUCCAUAUCCUGUGAAAGUAAGAACUCCAAUUGAGGGUCUACAAGUGUUAUUCCCUGUCAAUACCAACAGUGCUAAACUUCUGCUGUUGCCAAAUGGUACCUACACCACUCAAGUGUUGGACUUUCGUGUUUCCACAUUCAAUGAAGAGGUGAAGUUUACGUUUGACUUUGGGGAUGGUUCCCCGUUACUUACUGUCGAUGGAGUACAGGGUGUCUUUGUUGGCAGCAAUGCUUCUGGACAACAUAGGUUUAACAAAGAGGGUGUGUUCCACAUUACAAUCUUUGCAUUCAAUCAGUUCUACAAUAAAACUGAUGAACUAGGUGCUUAUUUUGUACAAAUGGUUCCAGAAGGACUGCUGUUGACUAUGAAUUCCAGUGUCAUUCACAAAAAUGAGGUAAUUCUCUUCAGUGCUAAGCUGGAUCGAGGAACAGAUGUGACCUACAGCUGGAACCUGGGCGAUCAGACAUCCUAUGUACAUGAAGGUCCUGUAAUAAAACACAAAUUUUUGUCUGCUGGAACCUUUAACGUCACAGUAAAUGUAUGGAACAAAGUUGGAAGUAUCUCAACCUACGUCACUGUAUCCAUCCUCUACAGAUUGCAGCCCGUUUCCAUCUAUACAAAGCAAAUUAUAUAUGCCACCAAUUCUGAUAUUUAUUUUACGGCGGUCACUGCAGAAAGCAGCCCACUGCAGUUUCUCUGGUAUUUUGGAAACAAAGCACCUAUAAAAACUACAGCACGAAGUAUAUCUACAAGAUAUUCACGCCCAGGAAGGUACAACGUGAUAGUGAAUGCCUCGAAUCAGAUUAGUUCAUUUACCUCAGACAUCUAUCCUGUGGAACUGCAACAGAGAGUUGAGCCCAAUAGACUUCGACUGAACAACAUGGGUCUUGUCUCUGUCCUACUGAAUUCCAGUGUCACUUUGGAAGCACGGAUCAAUUACGGAACUAAUCUUUCAUAUCUGUGGGAUUUUGGAGAUGGAACUGUGAGAUCUGGACAUAGAACAGAGUCUCAUAGCUACAACAGGGAAGGAGAAUUUACAACACGUGUGGAUAUCUUUAAUAAUGUCAGCUCUGCCACACUCUCUGGCCAUUUAUUUGUUAUUUCUGAGAUGUGUGAACCUCCUUCAGUGAAAAACUAUGGCCCUUCCAAAUUCCAGAUCAGAAGGUACCAAUCCUUUAAGCUAGGAGUGACAUUUGAGAAUGAGAUUGUUUGUAACAUCUCAAGAGGUGUCCACUACCACUGGUCCUUCUUUGGCCCUGAUGGUUCUCUAGUCGCACUUCCAAAGGUUGAUUCCAGCAAACAGUCCAUACUCAUCCCAGGCUAUUUGUUGGAUUAUGGAAUAUAUCUUGGGAUUGCCAGGGUUCAAAUUGUUGGCAGUGUUGUUUAUAACAACUACACAGUAAGUGUGGAGGUCCUUGCUACUCCCCCCGUGAGUGUGAUUUCAGGUGGCACCCACCUUUUCGUAGCUGAUAAAAAUGACUCGGUCAUUGAUCUGAAAGGAUCAGAGUCAUUUGAUCCAGACUAUCCAGACACUACAAGGAUGAAGUUUUACUGGCUUUGCGAAGCUGUCAGUGCAUUAUAUAUACCGUGUUUCAAACCGGACGUCUCAAACCCAUUGAACAUAUCGUCCAGCAUAGUCAAUGUUCCGAUGUCCGCACUGAAAUCUGAUAUUGACCAGUUUGUAUUCAAGUUGAUGGUCAACAACAAUGACAGAUAUUCUCCAGAAGCACAAAUGUUUGUAACUAUAAAAAAAGACAACACUUUGCGGCGGGUUAAACUCUUCUGCCCUAAAUGCCUGAAUAGUUCAGUCAACUGGAAUGAUGACUUUUCAAUAAGAGCUGUGUGUGAGGAUUGUCCAGAAACCCUGAGCCUCUCAUACUCUUGGAAAUUAUACCUCGUGAAUGCGACUGAAACAGAACAUUUUGAAAUUCCCUUCUGUAAACUAGUGGUGGAUAGUAUGCAGUCAAGUUUAUACAGUCCUGUUGUGACUCGGGCUCCAUCUCUAGCCACCGUGUCUUCUUAUAGAGCAACAGGAAUGCCGAAGACUGCUGCCAUCACACAACGAGCCCAGUCCCUGACCAGUGCCGACAGGACAAUCCCCUGCUGUCCAUCAUCUGAAAUCAACUCCAGCAAUCUGAGCAGUACAGAUACACCAUACCAUACCGUUCCCACAAGGAACAUCUCCACAGAGAGCAUAACAAAGAAAACUAGGACCAACGCCUCUACCACCACAAUGCUGGAUCUAUUCCCAUUUCCAAUUCCUGAAGAAGAGUUUUCUGAUGGAAGGCCUCACAUUAGAUCCCCACGUAAUGCUCAGCCACAGAGGGAAAGGGCACUUUCAGGUGGCACCAGUGGCCAGAAUGCCACUCUGAACGCCACCAGGGACCAGAAAACCUCUUAUACUUCUGAGAGACCACAGAGCUCAUCACUGCCCAGGACUUCCUUUCCCAUCUUAAAUGGCUUCGGCAGCGGCUUAGGAAAUAAUGGCCCAGGGCUGGAUGUGUUCGAAGGUGGAGGGGGUGAAAGGCCAGGAGCUGAUAGCAGCAACAUCAACAUCAGUGGCACUUUCUUUGGAGAAGACUCUUCAACAACAAGAGAUAAUUUUACUGAUUUUGCAGAAUAUGAUAUUCAUUAUAACGCUGUAGAAGGAACCUCUGGUUCUGGUGGGAGACCAGGAUUUCAAGGAGGUGGUGAUGGUGGAUCUUCUGGUGGCACUGGUGUGUUGGAAGGAUCCAGUCUAGGAUUAGGAACACAAGAUGGUGACAGUGUUCUUCCAGACAUUCAGCCUCAACCUGCAUUAAGACCCAGUCCCAUGAUCGAGUGGUCAAAAGUGGCCAUUGAUGAUGUGAAACUUCAGAGCUAUACUACAACAGGUAUAAAAUCGCAGACUUUAACAUUUAAACCAUUCAGUCUACAAAGUAAGAAUGUUUACAUGCUGGAAGUCACUGUAGCAGGAGAAGAGAAACAAUCAGGUAAAGCACAGCUUUUCUUCUCCACCACUGAGACUCCUCAAGGAAUAACAUGUGAAGUGCGGCCCAGUAUAGGCCUGGAAAUUGAAACACAGUUCAGCAUAUUCUGUACUUCAGGGAGAAAGGACCUAUUUUUCGAGUAUAGUUACAGCGUUGGCAACUCAACAGAAAUCCUUCUGCAUGAAGGAAUGGAUCACGAGUACUACUUCAAUCUGCCAGCUGGAGACAAGGACGAUGGGUAUAAACUCACCAUCAACACUGUGAUCACCAAUUUAUUUGGAUCGAAAACUAAACCUUGCUCAGUGAUUCCCACUGUGCUGCCCAGCAUUAACAAAAGUGAAGAACUAUUUAUUCAAGGCCUCAAGAAUCUUUCUGCUCUCACGCUACUGGGUAACCAAAGAGAAACCAAAAAUUACCUCCUUCUGUUGACCAGGAUUCUCAAUCGUCUUCAUAAGGAAGGGGAUAACAGACAGGAUUUUCAGACACAGACUAGGAAUGAAUUAAUAGUUGCUCUUUGCAGCCUCAAUGUAACUAACCAGGGUGAAAUGAUUGAAACCGUGUCUACAUUGCAUGACCUUGUAAAUGUAACCAGCCAGGUAACCUCAGAAAGUGCGUUUAUUGUAACAAGAUCUGUCAAAGAGAUGGCCAAGCUUUUCAAAGUUGCGGGAGAAUUCACGAUGUAUGAGGACUUAGUGAAGAAACUUAUCUUUGUGGUGGCACAUGUCAUGGGAGUCGUGGACAACAAUACGAUGAAUUCAAUGGAUUUGUUAUCUGAAGGAUUGAAAGUGACAAACAAACUAUUAUUGAGAUACGUCUUGAUCACCAAUCAAUCACAGUUUUAUGUUAACACCAAUUUUAUGGAGCUACAAAUCACUCAACAUUACGGCUCCCAGAGUGCAGGGCAGAGCACAGGAUCCACUGGGGUUUACCUUCCUGAUGAUUUGGGUAGACAGAUUUCUGAAAAAACUGGUCAAAAUAACAGUUGUUUCAUAACUCACCUGAUCAGCUUCAAACACAAUCCAUAUUUCUGGGGAACAUCACCAGUGCAGGUUAAUGGGGAUGUUGCUGACUUGACGAUGUAUAACUGCACUACCAGAAGAAAAGUGGAUGUAAGGGGGCUUCAAACACCAGUUAUAAUAGAAUUUGAAAGGAAUGACGACAGAAAGGGACAGCUUUCUGUGUACUCGCUGCUUCGUACCCAAAUGAAUGUUCACAUGUUCCUGGUGACACCGGAAAACCAACAGCAAGCCUUGCAGAUAGAAAUGAACCUCACAGAAGCUCAUGAGCAAGCCUUUCCUAUCAUGCUCUUGAUGAGGUUUAAUAAAGAGCCUACUCCAAGCCAAUGCAACCUGAAACAAAUAUACCACUGGAAUGGAAACACAAUCCAUGUCUUUAUUCCUGCAGGAUCACUAAUGGACACAGGGAACUAUUAUCUUGGUCUUUUGGAUGCCGACUAUGACAGAAAACCCCAAAACCAUUACCUUGCCAAGAAUGUGAGCUAUACUUUAAGCCUCCUGUGGACUCAGUGUCUGUAUUGGGAUGAUAUCAGAGAGUGGAAGUCUAAUGGAUGUUCACCCCAGAAGAAAUCAGAUUCACAAAAAAUAAACUGCAGUUGCGACCACUUAACAACAUUCACAGUUGCACAUGAGCAAGUUGAGAUGAAGGAUUUCACAUUCACAGAUGUCUUGGCAUUUAUCAGUGCCUUUGAAAACUAUGCUCCUUGCAUCAUUGUUUUAUUUACCGUCAUCCUCUAUCUCCUACUGGUUAUUGUGUGCAAACGCAUGGAUUUGAACAUUGAGACAAAACCUGGAAUCAUAGUCCUGCAGGACAAUGCUCCCACUAACCAGCACCUCUAUGAGAUCACCACAGAGACAGGCUUUAGACCUAGGGCUGGAACUACUGCUAAGGUACACAUCAACUUACACGGAGAAAAUGGUGUUUCUGAAACAAGAGAAUUAUACCACUCUGAGAAACAAUUAUUUGAGAGGAAUUCUAGACACAAAUUUAUUAUGAGUGUUCCAGAGAGUCUUGGUCCAAUAUGGAAGGUCUACCUUUGGCACGAUAAUGGGGGUCAUUCACCCAGCUGGUACCUGAGCUCUGUGGUGGUAAAGGACCUGAUGACAGGCACAAGCUGGUUCUUCCCUGCAGAAUGCUGGCUUGCACUGGAUAAAGGUGAUGGAAAGAUACAACGAGAGCUCAUCCCUCUAAACCACGGUCCUGGGUUUAAGAAGCUUCUGUAUAGCAAACUAACUGAAUACCUGGAAGAUUUUCACCUCUGGGGAUCAGUGUACAGUCGUCCGUCCUACAGCUCGUGUACUCAUACCCAGCGCCUCACUGUCUGCCUGUGCCUCCUGCUCAGCUACAUGUGCCUCAAUGCUGUGCUGACAAGCCUAAAGGACGAGGAGUAUACAGCUGAGCUGGGUCUUAUCGAUGUCUCAACAGUUUCCCUUGUUACCGGUUUGAUCACUAACAUUGCAGUUCUGCCAUUUGUAGUGCUGGUAUCAUUGUUGUUCAGGUUCAGCAAGAUUAAAGUUCAGAGGCAAAAUCCUUCAGAAGAACAAUGUGGAACUAUGAGAGAGAUCAAUGUAUAUUCUGUUGAAGCUCAUCAUACUGCUUUAUUGGCAUCGGACAGUGCAUUUGAAUCCUACCUUUCUUGGCAAAACCUUCAGCAAUGGGCCCAAGAGGCGUGGAGGAAAAAAUACGAGUUCUUAAUUUCUCCUGUGCUGCGGCGUGGUUUACUGGAGUCACGAGUUCUCAGUAUUCACUCGGAGCACUGCACUGAAACCAGCAUCAAAGGGGUUCGCCCAUCAUCGCCAGCCAGCUCCAGUGGAUUUGAGGAUUGCAGCUUCCCAGAAAACACCAAGGCAGGACUGAAGGAUCCCAAACACAGCCCCAGUGACCUGCACUCAGAUUACUCAUCAGAGCCCAGCAGUUUGAUUGAACAGCCAGUGGCUAUUGGUGCCAGGCAUUUUCUUCCAUCGUGGUGCUAUAAUUUGGCGUGGAUUGUCUGUUUUCUAAUUGCUCUGGUGUGUGUGGUAACAACUAGUUUGGUUGGAUUGAGAUUUGGACCAACCAAAUGUAUCUUGUGGUUACAUUCGUUGCUCUUCUCCCUGUUGUAUUGCUUCUUUGUCAUCCAGCCGACGACAAUCUUAUGUAUAGCUACAAUAAUUGCACUGAAAAACAAGGACUGCAGUGACUUUUACACCAGUUCCAUCGAUCCAAGGUCUACAAUAGAGUCCUACAAGCAAUGGAGUUCUGAAGCAAGGUUUCUAACGGACAAAUGCCUAAUAGACGCCUAUUACAAUCCAUACAUUGCUCCCAUGGAUAUUGACUGGAUUGUUGCUGCUCGGCAGAGAGCUCGCUAUCUGCGUCUGGCUCGUCCUCCUACAUCUGCACAGCUCAAGGAAGCUAAAGAUCGUAUGAGAAAAGAAACCCUCAUUCAACAAACAUUGCGAGAAUUUGUCCUCUACCUUCUAAUGCUUGUUCUGCUUCUAUUAAUAAUAUUUGGAAAACUCUCCAAUGAUGAAUACUACCUCAACCAGGCCAUCCGGGCAGAGUUUACUGGCAAUGGCAAAAUCUCCUUCAUGAAUGUGAAAACAGCUGACGAUUGGUGGGUUUGGAGCUUCAGUACUCUGUUACGUGGCCUGUACUGGGACAAGCGGUACAGCGAUACAGCAGCAAAAAGACAGGCUAGUGCUGUGUGUGGAAAAUGUUACCUGAUUGGUACACCAUCACUCAAGAAAAUCCAAGUUACAAGCAACUUGUCCUGUGAGAUUCCAGAUGUCCUGCCAGGCUUUAUCCAUGACUGUGGACCUGUGUACAGUGCCAUAGUACAAAAUCCAGAUCGCAACAAUACCUCAGAGCAAGCAGAUACCGAACAGUCCCGACAAUGUAGUCCACUGAACUGCUACAGUGGAAAGCAAUCUAUUAUUAACCUUGGAAGAACAUGGCAUGAGGCUUAUGCAACAUUAAUCCACCUGAAAGAGAAUGAGUGGAUAGACAGGAACACCAGAGUAGCAGUGGUUGAGUUUACCCUGUACAAUCCUCCCACCAACCUCUUCACUGCCGUCUCACUAUUGGCGGAGAUGCCACAGUCGGGCGGUGUUCUUCCAUCUAUAAGUAUAGAGUCGGUCAGCGUUUACCACAUCAACUCCACCCUGGAUUAUUUCAUCAUGGUUUUUGAGGUCAGUCUCAUCGUGAUCAGCUUGUUUUACUAUAUAUAUUACGUGUAUUAUUUUGUGCUGGCUGUGGAUAUUAUUGACCGCUUACACAGUGGAUACUUCAAAGCAUUUGUGGACAUGAGUUUUAUCUCUGCAUGGAAUCAGAGGAAACGCUUUCUCCAUGGUUUGAUGUUGUUCCUGUUGUUAUUAAAAAGCAUCAGCUUGCUGCGCAUCAACAGGUUGAUGGCACCCUGCGUGUCAAUGCUAAGAAUGUCCUAUUCCAGUUUAAUGAUGCCAAUGUUGUGUGGGAUUAUAUUCAUUGUGGCCUACUCUUGCCUGGGGAAUCUGCUUUUCCUGUCGGAAUCCUAUUCAUUCAGUACCUUUGUAAGAGCCUUUCAAACUGUGCUGAUGUACUUCAUGGGAUUGAGUGAGAUGCGAACACUUUCAACUCUAUACAAGUUAAACCAACUCUGUAUUGCUAUCUACUAUGGGACAUUUUUUGUUAUCAUGACCAUACUAUGGGCUGGAUUGUUUGUAGGGAUUCUUACAUCAAUGGCAGAAGAGGCAAAGAAGUCUUCUCGAAGUAAACAACUGGUGACGUUCACAGAAGUUGCUGUUUACAUUCGGGACAGGAUAAUGACCCUCAUGGGGGGAAACAAAAAUCAAAAAACGAACGUUAAUUCAACUCAAGGAAAUAACUUUUACUUGGAUGAAUUUGAAGACUUGAUGGAUGAGUUGCUGUUCCGGCUCAAUGCCAUGUCCAACAGUCUCCAUCACGCUCUCCCACCAAAACAACCCCAUUAUCUGGAGGAUGGCAGCCCCUCUGCACUGGCUCCUGGAUUGUACAGCAACCAGGCAUCUGAGAAUCCUAUAUUGGAUAAAAACCCCGUUCACAGAAAGUUGCACAAACUUGAAGAAGAACUGUUCAGAAACAAUCAGGAAGCGUAUGAACUUUUGAAGCCAGGGAGGGAAUGCUGGUCUAACUCAGACAUUACAGAUAUCAAAACUUUACGGUCCAAAGUUGAGUUGGAGACCUUACGUCAACUUCAGCUCUGCCAAGAAAAUAAUUUGCAUGGAAAGUCUGAGAGCCCUCAGAGUGGUCGUGAUUCCAGGCACUCUCCAAAAAAAGUCAAGACUGAUUCUUCCACUGUACAGAAAGACCGUUUGGUGCCCAAUUGGAAAAGCCUCACAGUUGACUCUUGUGAUACUUUGGACUUGCUGGAAACCUCCUGCAAUGCCAUUUUAGAGUUGUGUAGUAGCCACAAUAAUUCACAACAGUCAGUAGAUGCAUUGAGCACCGAGCACUACAAUCUUGCAAAAUUAGGAGACACUUUACCUCAUGUAUUAUGUGGAAUCAAAUGUCCAGAGAAACAGGCAGCCCAGUCACGAAUGAUUGAGAGCAAAGUGGCCAGUCAGCAGCGUUGCUCAUCGGCCAGUACCUCUGGCAAAAACCGUAAACAGCUUAAACGCUCCCACACUAUAUUUAUUCAGAUGCUCAACGACCCCAGUGAGCUGUCGGGUGGCAAAGUUGAGAUUUACGAACAAUUGGCUGUUCCAAAUACUUUGCUUGAUCCCUUGUCCCAUUGCCUUGGAAACCUAACUGUACAAUCGAGUUCCAGCCAACCCUCUUCUGACAAAAUACCAUCAGAGAAAAUGCGAGAGAAUCAGGUGGAGAGUGAAGUGAAACCUGUAAAGAGAGCAGCAGAACCAGGUGAAAGUUCAGCUCUGUAUUCAGAAGGGAAAACUGAACAGAAUGAAAACAUGAACAUUUCAGAUCUUCCAGGAUCUGUCAAACAUUGCUAGUAACUAAACAGGUCUUGAAAUAUGACAAGACUCUUCAUCCAUAUUGCAAUUGUUAUCUCUUUGAUAACUGAAAUUUGUAUUUUCAAACAAAUACAAUGUACACUUUUUAGAUGUGGAAAAUGUUUUACAGCAAGUUUGACUCAUUGAUAUUGUAUUAAAAUUAGAGAAAUAUAUAGAUCAUUUCUGAAUUCAUAUCAACUAUUUCUGUGAUUUUUAAAAUGCAUAUAUAUAUAUCUAUACAGAU